AUGGCUUCUGCUCGUGUACCAGAGGCGGUGGCCAACGAAUGCCUGGCACUUAUUUUCCAAAUGCAGUUCGCGAGACGUCUGGAUACAAUUGAGGCUGAAUGUGCAGACAGUCCUGAAAGGAUCUUGAAUGCGUCGACUGUCCUCCAGCCCGACCGGUCAGACUGCUUGUUUCUGACCUUAGUCUUACUGUGGGUCGGAAGCAAGAUGUUUGAAACUCAGCAGAUUUCCUUGACGGAGCUGAAGGCUUGUUCAUCCAGAAUUAUCAGCGACAAAGUUUACACUGCGAAGGACUUUGUGAAGGCUACAAUAAACUUUGAGAUUGAGACAGGAAGGUCGUGCCCUUCAGUGCUGGAGGACUUGCUGAGAGAGCUCAGGCGAGUUUCUCGUGUCGGUGACUUCAUUAAACUAAGUACGUGCUUCACUAUUUACACCUUGAUGCACUCUGAUUCCGUUUUACGCCAACAUCUGUCUCGAGCAGCCCUGCCUGCCUCCAUCAUUGUGAGUACUGCAACCAGUCUGAUGCCAUGGACAGUGUGA